AUGAAGAAAGUGCAAAGCAAGAUUCAAGCUCUACGCAACCCAGAGGUCGUUGGGCCGUACAAGAAACACGAAGUAUUGAACCUAAAGUACAUUCUUCUUUGGACAAUACAGGGCCAAGAAAACCCUUUUGGAGAAGGACAAACGCCAUUCGUCGAAAAUGACUGUUUGUAUCAAAAUUGCUACAUGACAACAAACAAAGAGUUACUCGAUGAUCUGACAAAAUAUAAUGCUGUUGUUAUCAACGUUACAGACAUAAAAAGGUGGAAAAAAACAAAUUUGCCUCAGAAGCGUUCUCCUGACCAGAAAUACGUGCUGUAUGCAAGAGAAUCGUCAUAUGAUGUCACCAUCUGCAACGCGCAGGCCGACUCUUAUUUCAACUGGACGUGGUCAUACAAGUUGUACUCUGAUAUCUUCAGUCCAUUUAUAGAGGUGCGGGAUAAGAAAGGGAAUUUCAUUGCACCAAGCACAGAAGUUUCUUGGAGAAGAAUGAAUGAUCCUGUGGAUGGAAGCAGUUUCGGCGAAAAGAAGAAAAAGGCUAUUGUGUAUGUUAUGAAAAAAUGCAGGGACACAGCAGAGAAAAUCCAUCAUCAUGAAGCUAAGAAGCUGCGUAAAGCAUUGAAGUCAGAGAAUUUGGAAUUUGAUAUGUACGGUUGCAAAGACCGGCCGUGCCCUAACGAUGAUUGUACUAAGUUGAUCAAAGAUAAUUAUUAUUUCUACUGGGUCGAUGAAGGUAGUUUUGCAGAAGAUUACGUGACAGAUGACAUAUUGAAGGCGUAUGACGCUGGUGUGGUGCCUAUCGUGCUGGGCAUAGUCGAUUAUACUAAGUUCCUGCCAACAGGUUCCUAUAUCAACGCUGCGUCCAUGACCACCAAGAACUUGGCUGCUCUUCUCUUUUACAUUCUACGUAAUCCUACCGUGUAUUACGGGUUCUUCCGAUGGAAACAGUACUAUACCAUUCGAAGACCACCACCUAACAAGGGAGUAUGUCAACUUUGCAGUCUUCUGAACAACCAGAGGAUCGUGCAACGCCACGUCCACUAUGAACUUCUUAGAAAGUGGUGGUAUCCCGGAGACCUUGAUAAGAGAUGCAUGAAAAUCCGUCAUUUACCUGAAAAUAAUACUUUAGAUUAUACUAAUGAAACUCGUUAUUUGUUAUAG